GCCCACCUGUCUGCAACCCAGCUGAGGCCAUGCCCUCCCCAGGUACCAUCUGCAGCCUCCUGCUCCUCGGCAUGCUCUGGCUGAACUUGGCCAUGGCAGGCUCCAGCUUCCUGAGCCCUGAACACCAGAGAGUCCAGCAGAGAAAGGAGUCCAAGAAGCCACUAGCCAAGCUGCAGCCCCGAGCUCUAGAAGGCUGGCUCCGCCCGGAAGAUGGAGGUCAGGCAGAAGGGGCAGAGGAUGAACUGGAAAUCCGGUUCAACGCCCCCUUUGAUGUUGGAAUCAAGCUGUCAGGGGUUCAGUACCAGCAGCACAGCCAGGCCCUGGGGAAGUUUCUUCAGGACAUCCUCUGGGAAGAGGCCAAAGAGGCCCCAGCUGACAAGUGAUCGCCCACAAGCCUUACUCACCUCUCUCUUCCUCCUAAGCUUAGAAGCGCUCAUCUGGCUUUUCGCUUGCUUCUGCAGCAACUCCCACGACUGUUGUACAAGCUCAGGAAGCAAAUAAAUGUUCAAACUGCAUGCUGAUGUUCCAAAUGGGAAUUUAUUUCAAAGAGGAAAAGUUAACAUUUCACUUUAAAAAAAUCAAAAUAAUACAAAUAAAAAUAAUUCUUGGUUUAUGAUCUGUGGGAAGGGAAUAAAAGGACAAGUAGCAAGGCCAGUGUGCAUGUUUAGAAAACCUAAUCACACCAGCUCACUCAAGCAGAGAAGCUAGUGCAUGUGCAUGCAUUGUGUGGAAUUAAGACUGGGUUUCUUAGAGGAGGAGGAGAAAAAGGGGGAGAGGAGGAGGACAGAAAGGGGGAGAGCAGGAGGGAAAGGGGAAGAGGAGGAGGGAGAGGGGAAAGGGAGGAGGGAGAGGAAGAGAAAGAAGAGAUAAAGUGGGACUAAGAGAAAGAGGGAAGAGAGGAAGAACAAAGACACAGUUCCUUUAAACAUCAGGGCUUCCUGAGUGCAAGGCUGCAUUAACAGCUUAUUAACAACCAGCCAGGGCUGUGUGGACAAAGAAACUUCAGGAUGACAUUAUCGGAGCCAACAUCCAUUCAAGAUUGGAGAGGAAGACAGGAAUGCCCAAGAGUGAAUUUGAAGUUAGACGUUAAGUGAGGUGCCCAAUCACGGCUCUUGGGCACUGCUAGACAGCGCUGAAAGAGCUGCAUUCUCCUUCCUCCCUUCUCCACUACUGAGAAGGCCUGACAAAGCAGAUGCCUCAUGUGGGCAAGGCUAGCCGUCGCCGUGGUUCCCUUACUGAUACCAGGUGGGAUCCCCAAACAUUCCCUCAACUCCAGCUCACAGCAGACAUGAGCCUUGACUCUUAUGUUCCACAACUUAAUUCCAGUUACGACUUCCCGGGGGAAGGCCACUCGGUCACGCCCACCUUAGCCUAAACGUGUGGACUGACUUGACUGUGGGCAACGGAUGGGACACAUCGCUAAGGGGAGGGAAAGGCAAAGAACGAGGUGGCCCCAAAGAGCAGCACCACAGACUUGCCAAUUCAGCCAUCAGAGCACUUGUGGGAAACAUGCAGGAAGCCGUCUGCAGAGACAGUUGGGGUAAUGCCCACACUCUGGAAAACCCCUACCACAGAGGGUGCUAGGAGCCGAGCGUCUCCCCAAGUAAAAUUCUGGCUGCCACACAUUCAGGCACUAACCACUGAUCAGGUGCGGCAGGCAGACAGAAACCCAACUGCUCUCCCUCACAUAGAAGCUGUGGUCUGUGAAUGCCACCGUCAUCCAGGGACUCUUAGAAAUGUAGAAUCUUGGGCAGCACCCCAGCCCUAAUCUAUCAGGAUCUGCAUUUUAACAAGAUCCCCAGGCUACUUAGUAAAUGGCUGAUGGGAAAUGGCUUAGAAUCCCCUUCCCAGGCAUCACAGCACACUGCAGGCCCCCUACUCACCCCUCCACGCCCAGACAGCCAUGCCCCCACCUCCCCGGGCACCUGGCACAAGUGGGUACAGAGAUCAACACACUUGUCCUGGAACUUAACUGUCUCAGCUCUGUCACUUAGUUGGGAUACAACCUUGAUUAUCGCUAACUGCCCACAGCCCUCAUAUCCAUAGCUACAGAAGAGGAGCGAAAGCCCAAUAUGGCCAAAGUGGUUAGGAGAUGGUUUCUUUUUGAGAAAGCACCUACUGAUUGGGCUUGGGAGAGGAUGGGUACCAAGCUCUGGACAAAUGCUGGUCACCUGAUGCUUCCCCCAGCAAAGACAAGAACUUAAUUCUAUCUCAAAGAAAUCACAAGCAUUAUUACCCGCCUGCCUGGGUCAUUCAAAUAGAAACAGAUAUUGCGCACCCACUGUGGACUGGGCACUCUCACCUGUGCCAGGCAACAAGGGGUAGUGCAAAGAUCUGGGCUUUGGUCUCAGACCUGAAUUUGGAUACCAGCUCUGUGAUCCAGGCCAAGACUGAAUUUCUCAGGCUCCUCACAUGUAAAAUGCCUACCUUGCUGGGUUACUGCCAAGACUGAACAUGAGAUCUCACACGAGCUGUAGCUGGCAAAGGGCCCGGCAUGUAGCUAAGCAUUCAAUUACUACAGCAGCCAGCACUUACUGCCACACCCCUGAUGUGCACCAGGCACCGUGUUAAAUGCUCAUGCAAAUUAAUGUGAUUUCACUUCAUUUUCACAGCAAGCCUACUUAUGAGGGAGAAAACCAAAGCUCAGAGAAAUUAAGUAACUUUCCUAAAACACACAGCAAGCACGUGGCCGACUCACGGCUAACGCCACAGGGCUCAGGUGCUGCUUUUUCAUCUGGCUCCACAGCCUCUCAGCCAGUGCAGCUUCCCUCGCUCUACUGCCUAGGAUGAGAGAGGUUUCCAUUGUCAUUCAUUUUCCUUCAGAAUACACGGGUGAACUUGGUAGAUGGGUGAGGACAAUUUCAAGUCAACAAUGGGCAGAAAUAUAAUUUAUCAAAGAAAAUGGUUAGAGGACACCCUUGAGAAAAUGUAUUAUUUCAAACACGUUCCUGUAUCAGCUUUCUUAAACCCACUCCUUUAUGCAUCGUUUAAUGAUACCAUUGUAACUUGAGGGUCUCUAAAGUGGGGUGUAUGUAACCCUAGGGUGAGUGAGCUAUUUGCUGGAGAAAAAAAUUCUCCUUGUGAAAAAACUUUUACUUUGUGUAUAAUUAGCAUAACAGCACAUGUAUUUAAGUUCUUAUGCACUUAUAGGUGUGUGUUCAGAAAUUAUCUUGAGACAGUGCACAGAAAAGGGUUGAGACGCCUCCACUAAGCUACCCACCUUAAUCUGAAUCCACCUUCAAAUGUCACUGGCAUUUGGGGGGCCGAGGCGGGUGGAUCACCUGAGAUCAGGAGUGUAAGGCCAAACAGGCCAACAUGGCAAAACCUCAUCUCUACUUAAAAUUAAAAAAAAAAAAAAAAAAAAAAUAGCCAGUCAUGCUGUUGGGCGCCUGUAGUCCCAGCUACUCAGAAGGCUGAGGCACAAGAAUCCCUUGAACCUGGGAGGUGGAGGUUGCAGUGAGCCGAGAUCAGGCCACUGCAUUCCAGCCUGGGCAACAGAGGGACACUCAGUCUCAAAAAAAAACACCAAAACAAAACAAAAAAAAGUCACUGGCAAAUGAGCACUUUUUAAUACAGUGACCCUGAGAGGGACUGGCUGGCCACUAAUCACCAUCUUUGACAGAGUUUGCUUUUUCAAUCACUGUACAUUCCAGUGGCCAUUUGCCCUUACUUUACAAAAAUGAACGAAGCAAAAUUAAGGUGCUGAAAGCAAACGAUGAGUAUCGGUCCCAAGCUUCCUAUAGAAAGAUGGAAAAACAACAGAAAAGCCAAGAACAGUCACAAGGACCAUCACUGAGUGGACAAAGCCAACUGUACAUUCAACUGUGAAGGAACUGAAACAAAGUUCAAGACAAUGCCAAAAAUACAUAAUCAAUGAUUGUAUCUAAAAGACGAGGCAGCAACAGAGACUUCAAAGGUGUACAGCAUUCUUGGAAGGAAGAGAGCCUUUCUUUUUAUGCGUAAGUUUACUUUUUUGGCCGGUGCGCUUGUAUUCAAGAAUACCUUAGUACAAAAUAGGAGCGCUGAGUGCAAGUAAUGAAACAGAAUUUCCUCCAGAGAUUACCCAGAGGCAUCAGGAAUUCACAGUCCAACGCCCACCAUCCAAAUGAUUCAUCAGUACCCCCAGGGACUAGAUUUUUCUUCCUCCUACAGCCUUGAGCUGGAAACAAAAAAUAAAAAAAAAAA